AUGUCGUGUAUUCGUUUAUUGUUGGUUGCGACAUUGCUCAGUGUGUGCUCGGCCAGUGCGCUCACGUUUGUUCUGGGAGCGCAGGAAAAAUCGUGCUACUACAUCUUCAACGAGAAGCCCAAGUCCAACAUCGGAUACUACUUCGCCGUGCAAGCAGGUGGAUCUUUUGACAUCGAUUAUACCGUGAAGUCACCAGAUGGAAAGAUUAUAGUCAAGGAGGACAAACAAAGACAAGGUGAUUGGGUGUUUCCAGCAGAUCAGGUUGGAGAAUACGAAUUCUGUUUUGCCAAUGGUAUGUCUACGUUUGCAGAGAAGGUGGUGGAUUUCGAGAUCAAGAUAGACAACGAUUUCAAGGCCUCUUUACCCAAGGCCCCAGAGAUGGCGUAUGCUGUGGAGGGUUUGCAAAAGUCGAUCGAGACUAUUGAGACCAAGUUGACGGAGCUUUCGCAGAAUCUGCAGUACUACAAGACAAGGAACAACAGAAACCAGUCGACGGUAAAAUCUACCGAAUCCAGAAUCUUUUAUUUCUCGAUUUUCGACGUGUUGUUGAUGUGUGGAAUGGCUGGUUUGCAGGUUGCAGUGGUUCAGUUGUUCUUCAAAGGUUCUAGAAAGCAGCUUGUGUAA